UAACGUAGAAUUCGCUAUCAAUUUCUUGAGGAAAUGCAUAUCUGUUUUGUGGAUAUGUAAUAUCGGCCUUUUAAAUAAACAGCUGAGUCCUACGGAGAUUUGGUCAUUUUGGGGGAAUGGCUUUCUGCAGAAGCUCUUCAUCUUUGUUCUUAGCUCAACAAUAUAUUGUCCGAUCUAUAAGCAUGUCAGCGCAAAUGCGUGCCCAAGAAGCUUUAGAAAAAAUAAAAGAGAAAAAUCCGUACUACGACAAAUAUGCAGACAAAAUAUCCAAAUUGCAGCAAUCAUCACCGCAAGAAUUUUUGGAAAAAGUGGAUAAAGUAGUUAAUCCCAUUAAGAGCGGCAAAUCCCAAGCCAGAUCAUAUUCGGAAUUGUUAAAUCCCAAAGCUUCUAUCGCACCCCUUCCAGCUAACGAUCAGAUUCCUUAUAAAAAAUUAUCGGACGUUAUGAAAACUGAAUUAAUUGAAGAUAAAAAUGCUGAUGAAAUCUCGAAAAUUUGGUUGGAAUAUCAUAAAACUAAAGAUGUGUUAGCGGCCACACUAACACUUGAACAUUACGAUGCUCUUAUGGAAACAGCCAAGAAGCAUCCAAUUUUUCUGCUGCCCUUACCGCGAAGUGAAGGCUUUGAAUUUAUUAUGUUACAAUUUGCUAGUAAUGCCGUGCACUUCACCCCUUUAUUGGCUUAUCAGGUGCAUAACGAGAAUGCGCCCGAAUGCUUGACUCUGUCACACUAUUCAGAGUGCAGAGAGAAGGGCAUAAUACUAAUGCGCGGUGAAUAUGAUAGCAAAGUUUUGAACGGCCAGGAAGCUCAAUGCUUGGCGAACCAAUUGCAAAUGUUUUACUGCAAAACAGAUAAAGGGAAACAACGUCUAUUGGAGACAUUUACCAACAAACCUAGGGAAUUCAAACAUAAGGAUUUAAUUAAAGAAGUUGAAAAUAUACAGCUUAAGUGACUUGUGGCUCAGAAUUAAAAUGUGAAAAAUGAGAAAUCAAUUUAUGUUGAGUCGAUGUCUUGUCUUAUUUUCUUUUAGCCCCAGGAUU